AUGGGCGCUGUUUAUGCGAAAGACUGUCCCAACGCACCGGGCAUUCCGGUAGUGCUCAUAAUCUAUGGCUUAUUAAUGUUGUUGGGCUUUGUUUGGGAAAGAGUUAAGCCCAGGAUCAACCAAAAUUCAAACCUUAUUAAGCGGAUUGUUGUGGUGUAUAGCAGUCCGACCGUAGAGUUUGAAGAUAUCGACGCUCAAAACUAUUGUAAUCGUAAUGUCUAUCUGUUGGCACUGUAUUUGAUUAAUACAUAUCUCAUAACACUUGCCGUAUGUCUACUCGUAUUCUGUUGUUGUUUUGGAGGACUAUUUCUGUUGGGAAUAUACAUGAAGAAAGAGUAAUGUCGUAAAAGUGGGCUAAUUUACAUCACCAGUAGUCAAAUCAAUUUAUAUUUAUCAUGCAAAUUUCUUAUUUAAGAAUAAAUUUCAUAUAAAUUUAUAUUGUCAUAAUCCAAC